AUGAACGCAGCACAGGCACCUUUGCAGAAUAAGCGACCGCCUGAAAAAGGCUCGUUUCCGUUAGACCACUAUGGAGAAUGCAAGCCAGCUAUGAAAAAGUUUCUUGCUUGUAUGCGCGAACAUGACCACAACCAUAUUGAUUGCAAGCCCAUAUCGGCUGAGUACCUGCAAUGUCGAAUGGACAAGGGUUUAAUGCAAAUGGAGGAACUAGAGAAGAUGGGAUUUCAUAAAGAAGGGAUGAAAAAGACAUGGACGAAGGCAACUAAUGAAGGCAGGAAAGAAGGUGAAGGAUUUGUUGCAGGUUUGGGUGUCAAGAAGUCCCGCUAUGGGAAUAAAUAG